UAAAAUGUCAAAGAAGCCUCAAAAUGGCCCACUUUUUGAAUCCCAGGGUUCGAAAGGGAUCAUCAAAUCACCACAACUGGGGUUUGUGAUUAAGUCAAGAAUUAGGCCAAACACUAGUAACAUCAAGACUCUAAUCUCAAAGCCCAAGAUCAGAGCAGAGAACUUCAAGAAGCUUAAAGAGAUUGUACAGAAUUGGAGAGAAAACCAGCCUUUUAAACUUACUAGCAAUAAUUUGGAUGAGAUUAAUACCAUGAAAAAAUGAAUGAGCAAUACAAGAAUUCCUGACCUCUCAAAAAUUCAUGCCAAACCACUCAUGUUUCAAAUUGUAAAUGAAAGGUUUAGAAAAUAAGCAGAGACUGGGAUUUAUCAGCAGGUAUCUUAAAAGCUACGAACAACAAGAGAGUCGUAGCAAAAGCUCUUAUCCUUUAUGCUUGCCUACCAAAUUGAAUUUAAUAAAUCAGACUUUCAAAAGUGUUCCUAUAACUGCCAAAAAGGCAUAUAAAAAGCAGCCUCCGAGGCCUUUCUCAGAGGUUAUCUUCAAGGCCUUGCCUGAGACAAGAGUGGUUAAUGAGACAACCUACAAACUGCAUAGAAUCGUCUCAACAUGCCUUAAACGCAGCCAAGAGAAGCCAUAAUUGCUCAAUUUUCCUUAGUAAACACCCUUCAAUCUAA